AUGAGAUGUGAAGAUAGCCAGAGCCUUCAGCCGGGGCCCCUCACACACAGAGUGACGGGCUUGCCGGGGGGAGGAGGGCACCAGGCCUCUGUGGUUCAUCCGUGGGAGUCUCACAGUGGCAGACCACACCACGCUGCACCCCACGUCACACGCCAGCUGGCCAGGACGUUUACUUUUACCUUGUAUACAGAGACUAAUGACCACCACACACACAUAGACAUCCUCAGUCCCCACACAGCACCAAAGGAAAUAAGCCUGCAGAGGAGAGCCCACAGAGGGGGCCAGGGACAGGGUAGAGUGGAGGAGAGGAGAGCCUGCAGAGGGGGCCAGGGGCAGGGUAGGGUGGAGGAGAGGAGAGCCUGCAGAGGGGGCCAGGGACAGGGAAAGGUGGAGGAGAGGAGAGCCUGCAGAGGGGCCAGGGACAGGGAAAGGUGGAGGAGAGGAGAGCCUGCAGAGGGGCCAGGGACAGGGAAAGGUGGAGGAGAGGAGAGCCUGCAGAGGGGCCAGGGACAGGGAAAGGUGGAGGAGAGGAGAGCCUGCAGAGGGGCCAGGGACAGGGAAAGGUGGAGGAGAGGAGAGCCUGCAGAGGGGGCCAGGGGCAGGGCAGGGUGGAGGAGAGGAGAGCCUGCAGAGGGGCCAGGGACAGGGAAAGGUGGAGGAGAGGAGAGCCUGCAGAGGGGCCAGGGACAGGGAAAGGUGGAGGAGAGGAGAGCCUGCAGAGGGGCCAGGGACAGGGAAAGGUGGAGGAGAGGAGAGCCUGCAGAGGGGGCCAGGGACAGGGAAAGGUGGAGGAGAGGAGAGCCUGCAGAGGGGCCAGGGACAGGGAAAGGUGGAGGAGAGGAGAGCCUGCAGAGGGGCCAGGGACAGGGAAAGGUGGAGGAGAGGAGAGCCUGCAGAGGGGCCAGGGACAGGGAAAGGUGGAGGAGAGGAGAGCCUGCAGAGGGGCCAGGGACAGGGAAAGGUGGAGGAGAGGAGAGCCUGCAGAGGGGCCAGGGACAGGGAAAGGUGGAGGAGAGGAGAGCCUGCAGAGGGGGACAGGGCAGGGUGGAGGAGAGGAGAGCCUGCAGAGGGGCCAGGGACAGGGCAGGGUGGAGGGGAGGAGAGCCUGCAGAGGGGGACAGGUCAGGGUGGAGGAGAGGAGAGCCUGUAGAGGGGACCAGGGGCAGGGCAGAGUGGAGGAGAGGAGAGCCUGCAGAGGGACCAGGGACAGGGCAGGGUGGAGGAGAGGAGAGCCUGCAGAGGGGGCCAGGGGCAGGGCAGGGUGGAGGAGAAGAGAGCCUGCAGAGGGGGCCAGGGGCAGGGCAGGGUGGAGGAGAGGAGAGCCUGCAGAGGGGCCAGGGACAGGGAAAGGUGGAGGAGAGGAGAGCCUGCAGAGGGGGCCAGGGGCAGGGCAGGGUGGAGGAGAGGAGAGCCUGCAGAGGGGCCAGGGACAGGGCAGGGUGGAGGGGAGGAGAGCCUGCAGAGGGGGACAGGUCAGGGUGGAGGAGAGGAGAGCCUGUAGAGGGGACCAGGGGCAGGGCAGAGUGGAGGAGAGGAGAGCCUGCAGAGGGACCAGGGACAGGGCAGGGUGGAGGAGAGGAGAGCCUGCAGAGGGGGCCAGGGGCAGGGCAGGGUGGAGGAGAAGAGAGCCUGCAGAGGGGGCCAGGGCAGGGUGGAGGAGAGGAGAGCCUGCAGAGGGGACCAGGGGCAGGGCAGGGCCUCUCCCCGGACUUCCUCCCGGGCCAGAACAAUGGCAGGCCCAGGAGCCCAGCUCUCCCACAGGCCCGGCGAGAGGAGGCCGGGGGCUUGGUACUGAGGAAGCCGCUCGGCACGCUGAAAUAUGGAGGGGACAGAUAA